AUGGUCGCCACGGCCUCUGUCCUCCGUUUUCCAAGAUCAGACGAGGAAGGCAGUUUCGUCCUCGUCAACGCAGCCCAGACCCGGACGAAACCUCUCGACCUCAAGCUCGUGGGCACGGAUGGUCUGGCCCCCUAUGUGGCCUCAUUGCGUCAUGAUCGCGUCGCCCAACUGCUGGUCAAGAACAGCCCCUGCGCCGAAGACGAGUGGGUCGACAUCCUAUCUGGCCUCCUGACGCAGAACCCCGGCGAGGGCGUCGAGGCCAUCGCCACGGUGGAGAGCGAGGUCGCCAUCACAAUCACCGUGAGGCGGCGCGUCAAGGGCAUCACGCCAGGCAAGCCGGCCAGGAGUGCUGGUCAGGGGCGCACGGCGACCAAGUCACGGGCGUCGAAGAGGAAAGCAGCAGCACCUGUGGCGGAGGACGACGACGACGACGAGUCAGACGACGGGUUCGAGAAGAUGGACGUCGACACGGCCGCCGGCAAGGAGGCUGACGCAGACAUGUCUGACCAGCAGCGAGACACGACGGACGCUGAAACAGAGACGGCAAGCGAGCCUGACGAAGACGAAGACGACGCGGAGGAACAGGAGGCAAAGCCGGCGAGGGUGCAGGAGGACGAUGCGCCGCCGCCCGCGCGAGCCCUGCCGUUUAUGAAGAAGACGGCGAAGAAGGCCGCGCCUGCGCCGCCGCCGGCUGGGAGCGAGACCGAGUCGGAUGAUGAAUUGUAA